UUAGAGUCUGUGAGCUCUGAACUAAACGUGCUGGAUUUAGCUCUGUCUGCUGUUGCUGUAAUUAUGACGUCUCCCAGUCCUGACCAGCGCCUGGAGCAUCUCCUCAGCGCCGUGAAGAGCGAGUUCCAGAAAGGCAGCGAGAAGGGAGACGCGUCCGAGAGGGAUAUAAAACUGGCACUGGAGGAUGCAGACUUGUGGAACAAAUUCAGAGAAUUAACUAACGAGAUGAUCGUCACCAAAACUGGAAGGAGGAUGUUUCCGGUGCUCAGGGCCAGUGUCACGGGCCUGGACCCCAACGCCAUGUACUCGGUGCUGCUGGAUUUCGUGGCCGCGGACAAUAAUCGGUGGAAAUACGUGAACGGAGAAUGGGUCCCAGGUGGCAAACCCGAGCCCCAGAGUCCCAGCUGCGUCUACAUCCACCCAGACUCCCCCAACUUCGGAGCGCACUGGAUGAAAGCGCCCGUCUCCUUCAGCAAAGUCAAACUCUCCAAUAAACUCAACGGCGGCGGACAGAUCAUGCUGAAUUCUCUGCACAAAUACGAGCCGAGGAUACAUAUUGUGAAGGUUGGAGGCAUCCAGAAGAUGAUCAGCAGCCAGUCUUUCCCUGAGACACAGUUCAUCGCUGUCACGGCUUAUCAGAACGAAGAGAUCACUGCUCUGAAGAUAAAGCACAAUCCCUUCGCUAAGGCCUUCCUGGAUGCUAAAGAAAGGAGUGACCAUAAAGAAGUUCCUGAUCACAAUGCAGACAGUCAACAGUCUGGCUACUCUCAGCUUGGUGGUUGGUUCCUCCCCGGCCAGAGUCCCAUCUGCCCCAGCAGCAGCCCUCCUCAGUUCAGCGGCACAGCCGGUCACUCCUCUAGCUCCUACUGCGAGCGCUACUCCAGCCUGAGGAGCCACACGGCCAGCCACUACCCUCACCGCACCUCCAGCACAAACAACUACAUGGACAACACUUCAGGGACUCUGCCCACUCAUGACAGCUGGUCUGCUCUUCAAAUCCCAAACUCCACAGGCAUGGGUACUCUGUCCCAUACCGCCAACUCCACGUCGAAUUCCAGUCAAUACCCCAGCCUCUGGUCAGUAGCUGGCAGCACCCUCACCCCCUCAGGCUCGACCUCGGGCUCCAUACCUGGAGGUCUGACCCCCCAGUUCCUGAGAAGCUCCUCCUAUACAGGCCUGACCUCCCCGCUGCCUGUCUCCUCGCCUUCCUCCAUGUAUGAGCCCAGCCUGAAUGAGGUGGGGGUUGGGGAAGCCCAGUUCGAGAGCUCCAUUGCCAGGCUAACCGCGUCCUGGGCGCCUGUAGCUCAGAGCUACUGAGCAGCAGCUGAGACUCUGCUGCCUGGCUGUCUCCUCUAAAGGCUGGGAGCUUUGGGAACAGGACUAAAGACAUGAACAGGGGUCCUGGAGACGAUGUGGAAAAGACCUGCGAGGAUCUCUUGUGGCUCCUAUUUCGUGAAUAAGUUUAGAUUCAUUCCACAGCCUCCAAUUUAAAAAAAGGUAUAAAGUUGGCUGGAGUCAAACUGAACAAAACUGAUGUGCAGAACUUGAAAGACAAUCACCUCUCUCCAUGCUGGACAGUUUCACGUAAGAAUAAUAAAGUUAGAAUAGCCGUAUGGUCAGAAUGCCUUCUUUGCGCUUAGUAAAUUUUAUUACACAUUUAUGUGCCUUCAUUUUAUUUUGAUUCCUAUGGCUCCGCUCAACCAAACUCAACUGAACAUCAUUUUUGUUUUUACUCUUAACUCUACAAGAUCAAAAGGUUGUGCUAACACUAAUGUGUAUAUGUGUGUAAAUAGAAUAAAUUAAUGUCCAGUGUUUUCCAUAUAAAUGUGCCUUUUCGUGAUUGCAAUGCAGAUGUUCCCAGAUCAGACUGAGUGCCUUUAUCGUGCUGGCAGGGUUGUGUUUUUGGGCAUAAC